AUUGUUCCGCAGAGGGACGAUGUUCAUGCAAAAAAGGCCAAACCAAUUUUUGGAAUAAUCUUCUUUUCUCUUCUUUCUUUUUGUGAUAGUCAUACGAGUAUUUGCUGUGAACACAUAACAUAAAUGAAGUUGUUUAAAUUCGUCGGUAUAUUUUUCGUACUUGUAUCGUUGUGCGUGAUGACGAGCUUGGCCGAAUUCUCCGACAGGGCGACGUAUAUUGUCGCUUUGAAGGAGCCUGCAACGGAAGAAAAAUUUCACGAAGCCAAGGCUGAUAUUGAAAAAUGCGGGGGAAAAGUAACUUACGAAUUCCACAGCGCAUUAAAGGCCCUGCUGGUGUCUUUUCCAAAGGACAAGGUUUCCGUCUUAGAAAAGAAGAGUUACGUGGAUUUCAUUGAAGAGGAUAAAGAAGUUCACACAUGGUGAAAAUAACGGGUUCUAAGACGAAUCAAUGAAUAAAAGUCGCGUUUCUCGAUGAAAUUUGCAUAAAAAGGUCCAGCUUCCGUACAAAUGAG